AUGGCGCGGCCGGGCUGGCUGCGCUCGCAGCCCUGCGCGCUGGCGCUGCCCGCGGAGCGCGCGCUGCACCUGCUGCUCAUGUUCAGCAAGGCGGAGCGCAACGCGGCGCUGCGCGCCAAGGGCCAGGCCGCGCUGCGCUCCCUGCUGCGCCACGGCCGCUUCGCGCGCGGCGACGCGCUGCGCCUGCACCUCGUCACCGAGCGCGCCGCCAGGGACGUAAUUUUCCACGAUGUGGAUGUGCUGACCGAGCAGCUGUUGCCAGUAGUCGAAGCCAUGCAGAGACACUUCAGCGCUGGCCAGGGCACCUACUACAGCGAUGCCAUCUUCUUCCUGUCGGUGGCCAUGCACCGCAUCAUGCCCAAAGAAAUAACACGAAUCAUCCAGGUGGACUUGGACGUGAAAUACAAAGCCAACAUCCGAGACCUGUUUGAGGAGUUUGACAAGUUCAAGGAAGGAGCUGUGAUUGGGAUUGCCAGGGAAAUGCAGCCGGUGUACAGGCACACGUUCUGGCAGUACCGCCGCGAGAAUCCCAACACCAAGGUGGGGGAGCCCCCUCCCGAUGGGCUGCCUGGCUUCAACAGCGGCGUCCUGCUCCUCGACCUGGAAGCCAUGAGGCAGUCCAAGCUCUACAACCAGCUCUUGGAGCCCGCCACGGUGCAGAAGCUCACAGAGAAGUACCACUUCAAGGGCCACCUUGGCGACCAGGAUUUCUUCACCAUGAUUGGGAUGGAGCACCCAGAACUCUUCCAUGUGCUCGACUGUACGUGGAACCGGCAGCUCUGCACGUGGUGGAAGGACCACGGCUACAGCGAUGUGUUUGACCAGUAUUUCCAGUGUGAGGGGGAGGUCAAAAUUUACCACGGGAACUGUAACACCCCGAUCCCUGAAGACUAGGGCGCCCGUCUGCUCCCGGAGCAGCCCUGCCUGCCUGGAGACUGCCGGAUUCCUCCAGAGCCAUGUGAGAGACCUCUGGAAGGGUGGCUGUCCUGAUCAGUGCAUCCCUGGGGAACCAGUGUCCCAAAGGGAUUCCUGAUCCUUCAAGGCCUUAGGAUUGUUUGCUAUCCCACUACCUACAGCCUCAUUGCUCCACGGGAAAGGGCAGUCCAGCGGCUAGAGCCACUUGCAGUUGGGCAGCCUGGGCCGUUCCUARUUGUCACCUCCUCACCUGGUAACUUGGGGCAGGUCCAUGGUGCCCAUCUCYGCUACAGUCUCCCACCAGCAUCGGCUGUUUCCUUAUGCCUGGGGGCUGCACACASAGAGCUGAGGGCUUUGGGGUGGUCGCUGCAUUCCGAGGGUGCUGCCUCUGGGGUGCCCUGUUACCUGGUGCUUAGCAGGAGGUCACAGGUAGGUGCUGGGGGUUCCAUUCUAGCAUUCCUUGUGGCCCGUUUCUGCACCUCAUGCAGAGCAUCUGUCUGCGCUGUCUCCAGAGCAGACGCUGUCCUCAGGUCAUCUUCCUUUUGAAGCAUUCCAGAUAGGCAAAAGGGUUUUAAAGACUGACAAAGCUGCUUUAAAUUGGGUUACCUACAAACAAAAAUUGAAUGCCAGAUGAACUUUAAAGCCUUCCAUUGGUUCUUGUUAGCAAUAAAAGCUUUACUGCCGUAUCUUGUCUUAAAAGCAUUCAGUGAGCGUGUACAAAUAGGUUCAUUUUAUAGC